UUUUGGGGCGAGCACCCCGCCGGAAGUACGCUGAUUCGGAGUCCGGCGUUGGUUACGAGAGAGGGUUCCCGCGCCGCUGAGAUGAAGCGUACCCUGCCGCGAAGCACCCUGAAGAGCCUGGUGAAGAAGCACAAGCCCCAACUCCGUUUGGGCGGUAACACCGACCUGCUGGUACAUUUGAAUUUCUUACUGUUCCUGUUUCGGUUAGCAGAAGAAGCCAGGGCCAAGGCUGUUGAAGAAAAAAGUAAAAUAAUUAAAUAUGAACAUGUUCUCUCUUCAGCAAAGAUAAUUUUAAAGAAGAGUCGAGGCUAAAGGAAAGAGAAGUUCUUAAUUCACUGACUGAUUUCUUAUACUUACAUUCCCAGGAUCUUAUAUAUGAUUAAAUUCAGAUAUUUGUGUUUUCUAUUUUCAUUCUUUUUGCAUUAAAUAAUUCUUAGAAAUAAAUCUCAGAGUUCAUUAUAUAGUCUUUGAUGAAAUUAUUUAGUAAGUGUAUAUAACCAACACCAGUGACUGAAAUGCAGUUUUAAUAUUGAUUAGAAAAUAUUGCCUCUUUUUGUAAGGAUUAUAUAAAGUGCCUUAUCAGAGAACUUUAAACAUAACCUCAACUGGCAGCCAUUAUGUAUUCCUACAAACCUUUAAAAACAAAAAAUUAUUAUCCAGAGGAUAUUUGUAAUGUGCAUGUUUUCUACUGUUUAUACCUUUUUGAACUUCUGAUGUUAAAUCACAUCAUAAAUAAAUAACCUUGCAGCUAAGGAAAUAUUUGAUUUUGGAGCCUUGUAGUGGGAGACAGAGUUUUAAAACACAAAACCAUAAAUAAAAUAUAAAAAUAUUUCAAAUAUUACCAUUUGUAGUAAUGAAGCUAUUCUAGACUGCUUUCUUCACAUGUUAAUUUCUCAUGUUAUUUUGUUAUGUGCUAGAGAAAAAAAAUACUUAAACUGGUAAAUAGCCUUGCCCAGCUCAAUUUUAAUAGUUCCUAGGAUGAGAUUGCAAUGGUACAUUCCUUUUCUUCUUUUAUUAAGCAGCUACUGAUGUUGGGGAUCAUAAAAGAAAUGAAAACCAUGAAGCAGUUUUAUUCUUUUUCAGUUUUUACUUUUAGAAGAAAUGUCAAUUCUGUCAUCUUUCUCUACAUGCAUAAUAUUAUACAGGAAAAAUAUAACUGGAACCUUCAAUUUGUAUAAUUUAUUAAAACCUAAU